AUGCGAGACUACCCAAUUUCUGCUUCUGUGACAGCCACAGCAGAGACAUUACGACGAGAUGUCGAAGGCCGGCAAUCUGAAUGUCAAACCGGCCUUCCGAUACUCUCUGCGCACACGACGAGCGAUACAGUUUCUGGGCUCGACUCCCAUUAUUGGCCAGAUCUCCUAAGUGGACCGACUGACACGGUCACGGCUCCUUUCAACGAGAACUCGAACUUUGGUGUCAGUCCGCUUCAGAUGGAUUCGACCGCGAGCGCAGCCACUGCCAAGGCAGAAGACCGCCGGUUUGAUGCGGGCAUACACACCUCCCUGGCUGACCAUGGGGAUGGGUUGGUUGCCCACUUGAAUGAAUGCAACCAACCAGUCACGUCGCUCUCUCAAUCUCCAACACGCCCAAGUCAAGAGCCGACAGCUCCGACUUGUCGAGAGACGCGGCAUUCGCAUCAGCUCACUUCAAGAGAGGAGAUCGCACCGGAACGAUUCGCUCGUGUCGAAAAAUUAUGGCCGGCGCCCAGGCAGCCUCUUCCUCGCUCGAUGCGUGCAUUUUGGACAGACGUGGCUGACCAAAAGGAAGACAACGCCUUUGGGUUGGUGCAGCCGUCUAGCGUCGCUGAAGCCAUGGGAAACCAAAAUGCUCGCCACGAGCAUGGCUGGAACGAUGUGUGCCACAAGCGACUCUACAAAUAUUGCAAAAGCUCCGUGUUACCACAACUUCUCGAGGAUAAUAGCAGCUCCUCUCAAGGUGCCCCUGCUUCGAUAGUGGGCAGCGAAACCGAAUAUAGUAUGGCUUCAGCUGCCUCAAGCACCGUCGACUUUCCAGAAUCAAGGUUUCUUGAAAUCAGCAUCGGUCUCUAUUUCCGAAGAUAUCACGCAAUGGUCCCUUUCAUUCAUCAGGCUACCUUCUCUGCAUCAGCAACCUCUGACUCCUUGCUUCUGUCCAUGUGUCUCAUGGGGCUGAUUUCCCUGGAGGACUCCGGUGCUACAAACUUUGUUCGUGAGCAAAUGCCCGGUGCUAUUGAAAGGUCCAGGUCGGAGCUGGCCUCAAGGUCAAUCAGAAAAUCCCACCUGUCACAGACGCUUUGUGCUUUAGCUGCGGCAGUCCUUCUACUACAUCUGUCGGCAAUGGUGCCUGAGUUUGUUCAAGCCGAGCGAGUCCAUCUUCUUUAUAUUGAGUCAAUUGGCCUGGCACAGCGGAAUAGCCUGUUCGUUAUGGACUCAGAUCACCGCAUUGACACAAGACUUUGGAACAAACACGGUGAUUCUGAAGCCGGCUGGAUGGCCUGGAGUCGGAUCGAAAGUGUCAAGCGUUUGAUCAUAAGCAUCAUACUAACUGACUCCUCCCAAGCGAGACGCUUCGAUACGAUGCCAAUCAUCAACGUCGAUCCAAUAAGCUUUGUCUUGCCUUGUGCGCCAGAGUUGUUCGAUGCGAGGAACUCCAAGAGAUGGAGAGCUUUAGUUCAGAAUGGGGCGGCCGACUCUGCUCCUUCGUUCGAGCUGACAGGGAAGCAUUUGCGUCUGCCACCCAAGCUGACGGAUUUCGGCCUGCAGAGCAUACUCGGAUCUGUCUGGUUGAGGUUGUUGCAGAGGCGCUCUCGGUUGAAACCAGCUGUUUUGAGCGCAAAAUGUGGAGAUUCUCCGCCCUUCAUAAGCCCGGCGCACGUCUACGAAAGCAAUCCUGAAGCGCAGGAUGUUGCUCAUAUUCUCCUCGCAAUUUUCGACACGUACGCCAACUUCUUCCCCCACACGGACGUCAACAACUUCGUCAUGUGGAAUAACAUAUGCCUCCAUCUGUGCACGCACUACAGCUUGUUCGAAGUAGCCGUCGGGCGAUACGGAGCAGAGCAGGCGAAUCUCGCACUAAAUCAACUUUCGCAGAGCUGGGUGCAUACCCCUGUGGCUCGAAGAGCAUGCCUUCAUGCUGCUCAGACAUUUCUUAUACUCUCCCGGUGCAGAGCGUCCGAUCGGAUCACUGUGCAAUCGGAAGCUGCGGCAUUUGAGUCGGCAUUGGUGCUCGGAAUCUACCUAUACCUAUUGCCUGAGUCACGGGUUGACAAAGCCGCUGGCGGCAGAGAUAAAGGCGGCGCUUAUCGGGGAGAAGCAGAUCGAGAAGAUGAACAUGAAGAUGAAGGAGAAGGAAAGGGAGUGGAGGACGAUGAAGUGUUUGAGCUUGUUGAUUGCGUCGAUUGGAAGGCAGUUGGCAGCGUUGGAAUGCCAUCUAGCCCAAACCCGACUGCACGGCCUGAAGUCGCAGAUCAUGACAUCCUAGUACUUAGGUUUGUCAAGCAGGGAGGCACAGUGACCUUCUCUGGUUCGCCGCAUUACGGUGGGUUUGAAUCGGCACGAUCUGUCUUUGUGGAGUAUUUGGGACUUCUCCAGGACAUCGGAAAGUGGAACGUCCAGAGAUUUUGCCACAUUCUGCGCGUUUUGAGUGUUACGACAAUGGAGGAUGGCAUUGUCCCCGAGGAGUCAUGCUUCUCGUAGUUUCAGGGUCACAAAUUGGAUCUGAAAUUGGAUGGAGGUCUGGU